CUUCAAUGAAAAUGAAUGUGUAUUUUACUAAGAAGACACAUUGGAAAUUUUCUAAUAAAGCCCAAGCAAGGAUUGAACUAUAUAUAUACACUCAACAUAUGUACUUCUCUGUCAUAUACACACUAGAUCUCUCUAUUCUCUCUAUUUAACAAGCUUUUUUUGUAUGCUUAAAUUUGUUUGAAGAAAUAGGAACAUCAUGGGAGAUAUAUUGAAUGAAGAUCAAAUUGUUGAAUUUCAAGAAGCAUUCAAUUUAUUUGACAAAGAUGGUGAUGGUUGCAUUAGUGUGGAAGAAUUGGCCACAGUUAUAAGGUCAUUGGAUCAAAAUCCAACUGAAGAAGAGCUACAAGAAAUGAUCAAUGAAGUUGAUGUUGAUGGCAAUGGAACCAUUGAAUUCACUGAAUUCUUGAACCUUAUGGCUAAAAAGAUUAAGGAGACAGAUGGAGAAGAGGAACUUAAAGAAGCAUUUAAGGUGUUUGACAAAGAUCAAAAUGGUUACAUUUCAGCUACUGAAUUGAGGCACGUGAUGAUCAAUCUAGGUGAGAAAUUAACAGAUGAAGAGGUUGAACAAAUGAUUAGAGAAGCAGAUUUGGAUGGUGAUGGACAAGUCAACUUUGAUGAAUUUGUGAAAAUGAUGAUGACCUUUUGAUAGAACUUAAUCAGAAUCUUUAUUAGUAAGAAGAUUAAUCAAAUUCAAAUUAAUUUGUUAGUUAAAAAGUGUUCCAAGUUUUUGUUCUUUUAUCAUUUGUUUAGUUCUUGUUAAUCGACGUGACAAGUAAGAAAUUGUAUGAUGAUUGAUUAUUAGUCCUUAUAAUGUACUACUCUCUUUUUAAUUG